GGCUCCUCUCCUCCGAUGGCCACGUCACCUGUGAAAACGUGACGUAUUUCCGCGGUCCGUGAUCGGCUCAAAAAACUGAUCUGGUGUCAGUUCUGCUGCAUCUUAAGGCUGGCCGUUGUACCAUAUAAUCAAAGCGAGCAGCCUCAUCAGAUGAGACAAAUACAGAGAUUGGUGCGCUGAUUACAGGAGGAAGGAUCUGAAUUAAAGGGGACGGAGGAAGGCAGGCAGGCAGGCGGGGAAGCUUGGGGAACCUGCUGGCGGCUUCAGGGGCUUCAGGGAGGAGCGCCGCGCCGAGAGCGAGCAGCAGCGUCGCUUCAUGCAACAGUCCAGGCUGUGAAUGAGGAGGAGAGAGCAGCAGCAGCAGCAGCAGCAGCAGCAGCUGAUUCAGGGAACUGGAACUCCAGGAAGAGCUGCGAGGAGGCCCAUCUAAGGCAGCUGAAGGCUCUAAUCCCUUGGGUGGACAGAGCGUGCAUCCAUGGCGUCACCGGAGCUUGGGAAUGCUGGAGAUUCUUCCACUCAUAAUCUAAGUUCGGGAAUGGAGGAUGGUUCUGUUCCUGGCACAAACAAAACCUGUCCUGUCCACGUUUCUGCUGAAGAGGAGGCAAAGAGGAGUUUUCGGAAAGGCAUUGCCCGUCACGACUAUGUGAAGAUCUCUGUGCCCGAAUCCAAAGUCAACCAUCUUCCCACAGAGUGGUGGAAGACAGUGAUCGCCUUCUUUUAUGCAGCUUUUAACUUGGUUCUGACCACAGUGGUCCUCACAGUUGUGCACGAGCGUGUCCCUCCCAAAGAGAGCAGCCCCCCUCUUCCCGAUAAGUUUUUUGACUACAUCGACAGAGUCAAGUGGGCUUUUACAGUGACAGAAAUCAAUGGAAUGGUGCUGGUGGCCAUUUGGUUGAUCCAGCUGUUCUUCUUCAAAUACAAGUCCAUAGCUUGCAGGCGGUUCUUCUUCCUCAUCGGCACCUUGUACUUGUAUCGCUGUGUGACCAUGUACGUCACCACCCUGCCUGUACCUGGCAUGCACAUGAACUGUGCUCCGAAGCUCCAGGGAGACACCCAGGCGAAAUUCCAACGUGUUCUGCAGCUCAUUUCAGGAGCCGGCCUCUCCAUAACCAACUCCCAUCUCCUGUGUGGAGACUUCCUCUACAGUGGACACACGGUGAUGCUCACCCUCACUUACCUUUUCAUCAAAGAGUACUCUCCCAAGUCCUUCUGGUGGUACCACCUCAUGUGCUGGUUGCUGAGUGCUGUGGGCGUGCUCUGCAUCUUGGUGGCUCAUGAGCACUACACUGUGGACGUGGUCGUGGCCUACUUCAUCACCUCCCGUCUGUUCUGGUGGUACCACACCAUGGCCAACUUACAGACUCUGAAGUGCUCACCCAACAACUACCUCACCAAUACCUGGUGGAACCCCUUGUUCAACUUCUUUGAGAGGAACGUCCAAACCUCGGUGCCGUGCUCCUACAGCUGGCCCAUUACCUGGGCUUCUACCUGCCUGAAGAACCCCUGCAAGACGUACUCAAUGGUGCAAAGCUCACGAGACGAGUGACCGGAACUCCCAAGGCCACUGUCUUGUUGCUCCAUAAUCCUCCUGGGCAUAAACCAAACGGCGUAUUGGUGAAGGAAUUCAGCUGGAGGAAAGAAAGAAUCUCUGUAUUUUGCCACUGUGAUUUAUUUAUAACAUGAAGUGCUGAAAAUUGUCCAUUUUUGUAAAUGACACUUCUGUCUGGUCUGAUGCUGUACUUGAUCUGUAUGACCUCCAUGCUAAGUAUUUGAGUUAUCAGUGUAUCUAAGCCACAAGGUGCCUUAGUGUGUUAACAUGUAGAUGUUUCAAAGCUGCCAUGAUCUGUUUCUCAGUCUAUUUUUAAUUGCUUUGAUAUCAUUUGUUUUGUAUUCUUUUUAGCUGUCUGAGUAUCCAAACUAUAACCUCAACAUUGUAUUAAAACCAAAGCAAACCAAA